UACCAUUUGGGACGAAGGUUUCCGCAGAAAAGAAGAGAAUGAACUAAAAACAGACAAGAGACGAAGAGGCUGCCAAUGGGCACUAUGAAAGCGGUGGCUAUCAUCUCCGGCGAUAACAAUGUUAGAGGCUCUCUCCAGUUCCUUCAGGAUCCCAACGGAGCUACCCAUGUGAAAGGAAAGAUAACAGGACUCACUCCAGGCCUACAUGGGUUUCACAUCCACGCCCUCGGUGACACCACCAAUGGCUGCAAUUCCACUGGACCUCAUUUUAAUCCACUAAAGAAGAAUCAUGGAGCUCCUAGUGAUGGAGAGCGACACGCGGGUGAUUUAGGCAACAUUAUUGCUGGCACAGACGGUGUUGCUGAAGUUUCUGUUAGAGACAUACAGAUACCUUUAAGUGGGCAGCACUCCAUAUUGGGCAGGGCAGUGGUGGUGCAUGCUGAUCCUGACGAUCUGGGAAGAGGUGGACAUGAACUUAGCAAGACAACUGGAAAUGCAGGUGCAAGAGUCAGUUGUGGUAUCAUCGGGCUUCAGUCGUCUGUUUAGCUGACUUGCCCACAUCUUGUUCUUGUAUAGUGCCAUCAUCCAUAAUACUUGGAUACAAUGUAUAAUUGUGACUAUUAAUCCCUCUUCAUGUGGUAGAAUUAAAUAAGAAAAUUAUGGAUUGUUGUGGCAUGAGAUCAUGUUUUGGUAAUGGUAUUUUAUGCACUGACCAAGAUUUCAGCUUAUGCUGUUAUACUGUUUGUUUGUGAGGUUCACAGUUAUUACUGAGGAGAUAUAAACUUCAGACUCUGCAACUCCUGAAUAUCUUUUGUUUGGUUACCUGUAAUGUGAGGAGGAUAUUUAUAGUCUUUGUUGGGACAAUUUUUUCUGUGUAUCUACACCAGGUGCGUGGCAGAGCCAGAUGGUGUACAUAUAUUAUCGUAUAUUUUCUAUUAAUUGUUGGCACUUGUAAAUUUGUUGGAAGUCAG